GCCGCGCCGCCGCUCUCCGCGCCCGUCAGUCCGCCCGCAGCCCGCCGCAGCCCGCCGCAGCCCGCCGCCUCGCCAUGCCCAACUUCGCCGGCACCUGGAAGAUGCGCAGCAGCGAGAAUUUCGACGAGCUCCUCAAGGCGCUAGGUGUGAACGCCAUGCUGAGGAAAGUGGCGGUGGCGGCUGCGUCCAAGCCGCACGUGGAGAUCCGCCAGGACGGGGAUCAGUUCUACAUCAAGACAUCCACCACGGUGCGCACCACCGAGAUCAACUUUAAGGUCGGAGAAGGCUUCGAGGAGGAGACCGUGGACGGACGCAAGUGCAGGAGUUUGGCCACUUGGGAGAAUGAGAACAAGAUCCACUGCACACAGACUCUCCUCGAGGGGGAUGGCCCCAAAACCUACUGGACCCGUGAGCUGGCCAACGACGAGCUCAUCCUGACGUUCGGCGCCGAUGACGUGGUCUGCACGAGGAUUUAUGUUCGGGAGUGAAGGCGGCCAGCUUGCUCCUAUUUUGGGGGUGGGAUGCAUGUUCCCCUGAGAAAUGGCAUAGGUCUGAGCUGCCAGCGGACCCCCCCUUACCCCAUAGCAACGUUAGGUGACCCCAUUUCCCCCGUGAUGGUGUUGUAGUGUUUCCCCCCAAGGCCUCUGUACCCCUGAGUCCCUGGUGCUCCGUAGUUUGGCAUCUGCAUGGUUUUGCCUGUCAUUAAACUGGUUGGCCG